AUGGCUUUCCAGCAGCCUAUUCUGAACCCGAUUGUCCCCUUUUCUGGACCCAUCUUUGGAGGCCUGAGUGAAGGGAAGAUGGUGUUAAUCCAAGGAAUAGUUCAACCCUUCGUGAAAAGUUUUGGGGUGAACCUGCGGUGCGGGAAUGGGGACAUCGCCUUCCACUUUAAUCCGCGUUUCAAUGAGGGCCGCCCGGUGGUUGUAUGCAACACCCAGCAGAACGGCUGUUGGGGGGCGGAGGAAAGGACCUACCACUUGCCCUUCCAGCAGGGCAUCUACUUCGAAGUGAUCAUCAACGUCAAGGGCCACUGCUAUCAGGUCUCUGUGAAUGGUCAGCACUUCCUGGAGUACAGACACCGCCUUCCCCUUCAUACUGUCCAGAUCCUGGAGAUCAAAGGGGACGUGACUGUGAACUGCAUCAACUUCACAAGCCCCAGUAUCUCCAAUGUGUUUGCCCAGCCAGUCUACGGGGCUCCAGCUCCCACACACAACACUCCUAUGACUGUGACCAACCCGGUCGUCCCAUUCCAAGUGGCCAUCCCAGGGAGUAUCUCCCGGACUCGCAAGAUCUCCAUUGUGGGGAACGUGCCUUUCCAUGCAAACAGCUUUCAAAUCAAUCUGAAAAACAGCAUGACCGGCAACAUCGCCCUGCACAUCAACCCACGGCUGAGGGAGAGGGCGCUGGUUCGGAACACCCAAACGCACGGCACGUGGGGCUCAGAGGAGAGGCACCUCUCCACCCUGCCUUUCGCGCCAGGCCAGGCUUUCCAGAUGGAGAUAAUGAACACGAGGAACUGCUACCAGGUCUCGGUGAAUGGGCUGCACGUGUUUGACUAUGUCCACCGCCUCCCUGCCAACCAGGUGGACCAGCUACAGAUAGCGGGGGAUGUGACACUCUCCUGUGUGCAGUACUGA